AAUCUAUCAAUGAGGUGUCUUUUUUCCAAGAAUGUUGCACUAAAUCUUUUAAACUGUUGAGUCUCAAGUAAACGAUUUUUAUUGACUUGGUGAAAUAAUUUGACAUUUUACGAACUAAAACGUAUUCAAGAUAUUUCAGUUAGAACCAUUACUAUCAUUUGCUUUUAUACACACUGCUGUAUUGAUAUAAACAAUUGAAACAAACCUAUACUGCGACAGCAGUAAAGAUUAGUAGCAAAUUAAUCUAAUCAAAUUGUAUUUAUCUUAAUAAACAUUUAUUGAUUUUGAUUAAAAUUUAUCUAUCAAAUCAUUUUUUUAAAAUGAGUUCUCUUCCUGGGCUAUGUACAUUACUGGAAGAAGUAGAUAAAAAAAUUAUGGUGGAGCUGAGAGAUGGAAGAAUAUUAAUAGGUUUCUUAAGAAGUAUAGACCAAUUUGCAAAUCUAGUUUUGCAUAGGACUGUUGAAAGAAUUCAUGUUGGUAAAAAAUUUGGUGAAAUAGCUCUUGGUGUUUUUAUCGUUAGAGGCGACAAUGUUGUUUUGCUUGGCGAAGUUGAUGAUAAUAAAGACAGUACUUCAAAACUAAUUAGAGUUUCUCAAGAAGAAAUUCUCGAAGCUCAAGUUACCGAGCAAAAAUUGAAACAAGAUAAAGAAAAAAUGCGAACCAAAGCCCUGAAGGAAAGAGGAUUUGGAUAUCAAUUGGAUACUACUCAUGAAGAUUUUUAAAUUUAAAAACUCUUAUUAUACUAUAAACUAUUUUAUUAUUGUAAAUACAUUUUAUUUUACGAAGUUCAUGGAAUCACUUUAGAUUUUUUUUCAUCGUCAUUGAUUCGUUUUUUAAUCCAGAUUUCAUGAAUGCUGUAAUAAAAUUUUAAAAUGUUCAGUAAAGUUAUGUUAUAAAGCUCA